AUGAGCCAGAAAAAAUGUGCUGUAGUCAAGGCCAUGAGGUGCACGCUUGGUGAUCAGAGCACUGAGAAGUCCAAAAACCGUUCCAGUCAGGAUGCCGAGGAGGAACAAAGCAUCCGAGCCACCUGUGUGGAGAUCCUGGAAAAUCUGGAUGUCUCAAUCAGUGUCAUGAGCCAAGUGGUUGCCUCGGCCCUGGGUGACCGCAGCCGCGCACAUUCUGCCCUGCGGGGACAAUGGGCUCUGCACCGCACGAUCCACCCUGCUGUUGGAGAGCAGUGGAGGGUCCAGAUUCCCAUCCUGCUCUCGACUAUUGAAGGACAAUGUGUGGUGGGAGCACCUGCUGCUGAAGGCCAGUCCAGGACAAUGGAUGCAGCAGAGGAGGAGCUGAGAGGUCUCCGGGAGGAGCUCAAAGCUGCCAGCCCUGAGGCUGUGCUGACAUCACCCUGCCACAUGGCGAAGGUCACUGGCAAAUUCUUGCCCUCCAACCAUGCCCUUGAUUUGGUGGGGACAAUAAUGGAUGGCAUGCUUUCUGCCAGUCCCACGUGCGCCACAGCAGCAGGCCACUGGUUCUGUGCAAUCCUGAGGGAGAAUGGAGAUGCCCUUCUGGAUGAGGUGCCAGACAUCCUGGGCACCAUCUUUAUUCGGAUGCCAACAGUGCAGGAGAGGUCCAUGCGAGGCUUCCUGUUGGAAGGCGUUGGCAUUCUUGCCGUGUUAUACCUAGAGGCAGUGAUCACCAGCCUCCUUGCCAAGCCUCUGCCAAUGGACAGGCUUUCUAUGGAGGCUUGCGCUACCGCAAAGGGCCUUGGGGAGAAAGUGGCUGCAGAGCUCUGCGAAGCAGGAACCUGGCCAUUACUGGAGAGCCCUCAGACACACCACGAGGGGGUGUGCCAGCUGGCCAGAACUCUGCUGCUGUUGGAAAUAAUAACACCCCAAUUUAUAGGGGAGGUCCUACAGUGGACCAGUUCCACAACAGAAAAUCUGCGUGUAACUGGUACAGCCUUCAUCAGCCAGCUUGUGUGUGACCCGGUCAUUGAAGACCAGAAGCUCCUUAAGGCAGCCCUUUAUAUACUGCAUCAGCAAGCCAGGGAUUUACUUCACCAGCGAGCCAGGGACACAAAUAACCUUGUUCAACAAAUGGCAGCCAGAGGACUAGGCAACAUCGUGUACAGUGCCCCUGAGCAGGUGAAAAAACACCAGAAGGCCGUCCUGGAGACCCUGUUCCAGGCAUCAUUCGUGCCUUCCAGGGCUGAGAUCAUGGAGGAGGACAUGUGGGCACUCACCUGCGUCUUCAAACAUCUAGUGAUGGAUGCGGGGUCCCUGGUUGAGGAUGCAGUUGUGCAUGUCAGGUCCUUCUUUAACCAUGACAACAAUGGUCUUCGCGCCAUGGCUUUCUCCCUCUUCGGUGCCCUGGCAGGCUGCAUGAGGAAAAGGCAAGCCUUUUAUAAAAGCCAGGUGAGGCAGAGCCGGGGAACACUCCUGCUUCAUCUGGAGGACCCCAAUCCGCAGGUGGCCAUGGAGUGCAGAACAACGCUGGGCCUGUGCUGCCCUUACCUGGGCUUAAGGAGGGUCCAGGCCGCCCUGGCCUUCCAUAUCCAGGGGUCAGAGCAGGGGAAGCAGGAACAGCUGCUGCGGGAAGUCUGCAGGCAUUUGGCCAGAGAAAAACCUGCUUUUUUGGAGGGUCUCUGCCAGGCAGCCCAGGGACACUACUCAAGCCCAUGGCCAGAAAUUCAGAUGGUGGCCAUCACAUUUACAGGCAUCCUUAUGGAAUAUGCUGCCCCAAGAAGUGCCGGACAGAUAAAGGUUGCACACCUGCUGAGCUGUAAGUAA